AUGGUGUGGCUUAAAGGCAAUCUUGCAUUUGCUAAUCUACGAAGCCGCGUUCUCGCCGACACUGACUUUGCUACCCGUGUGCUCCACUACCUCGAGAGCAUCAUCAUCCAGAGCGUAGAUGAGAGUAUUCCCCUUGAUCCGGAAACCAAUCUUGCGCCAGCGUGCCCCUCUGCUUCCGAAUCAGAGUCGGAUCAUGAUUUCCACCUCAGACUUGCCAAUGACAGCAAUCUUGUCGCUCGGUCUAAACAAUUGCACUCUAAAAGCCACUUCGCCACGUGUUUCAAAUACCGCCCGACAGACCGAUCUAAAAGCACUUGUCGUUUUGGCAUGCCCCGUGAAAUUUUGCCCUCCUCUAAAAUCGACGAUCUUGGCGUGAUCCACUUGGCUCGGAAUCACCCCUGGAUUAACCCGUGGAAUCCCUCUAUUGCCAGCUGUCUCCGCUCAAAUCACGACAUCUCUUGGAUCCCGACCGUCUCAAAAUCGUUGGCUCUAGUCUACUAUAUCACCAACUACGCCACUAAAGAUGAUGUGUCUCCAUGGCAGAUGAUAGCAAAAGGGGCUCUUUUGAAGCAAGCAAUUGAAAAAGCAAAAACGGCCGUUCCACCAACCGCCACUGAUCUGCGUCUUCGGGAAAGAGACAUGGAUAAUUUCGCGCUCCGUUGCUUCAAUAGUCUGGCGCACGACCGAGAAGUGAGUGGUGUUCAGGUCGCUAGUACCCUGCUCCAUCUUCCGAGCUACUACACUGUCAACCCAAGAUUCGUCCGUGUCAAUCUGUGGUGGCUAAGACAUUACGUGCGCGAUCUUCGACGUCAGACCGGUACAGACCCUGAUAGUUCCGCUGGAAUUGCUGACGAGCCCUGUACAUUCCAAACUGGAGAUGCAGUUCCAUACUGUAUGCUAGUCCAGAUAAGGAAGAAGCAAAGAAUUCGUUCCGACCACUUUGACUUUGACCCGUCUCACCCGAAAGGUAGCGCCUGCGUCCAGCAUGUCGCCCGCGCACAGUCUCAGAUAGCCACCGUCACAUUUAAUGGGCAACUCACACAAUAUCAAACGUCCGAAGACUCCAUCCGUGGAGGACAUCCGAUGACCAAUGCCAUUGCGAAUGAUCUCGCGGAGAUAUUUCUCGGCUUCUUUGUCCCCUGGGAGAAUUUACGCGAUAUAUUUCUUUGUGAACCUCAUGAAACGGAUUUCUUCUCACGCGUCUGGUCGUCGGUGAAGCCCACACUUGCACCACAUAUCCAAGACUUUGCUGCUAAUAUCGAGCUUCUUCGGAAAUCUAAGGACGACUGCCAGGUCGAUGCUAGGUUGCGACAAACAAACCACUCUGCCGAGGUGUUCGACCGCCAUAUUGAUCACAUAGACUCGGCCGACCUCGAUCCAGAAGAUGCACAAGAUGACGGUAGUUUCAUAAAUCCUGAAGAUGAAAGGUUCACGGCGGAGACUUUGAUUGCUGCCUACCACACUGUAAGCAAGACCUGGGGCCGAGAUUGUUUCAUCGCUGCGAAGAGGGCACCCGUCCUGGCCGCUGUCUGCCGAGCACACGCUUCUGCACAGAUAAACCCGCUUCCUUCCAGUACUCAUUCUCUCCAAUCUGACCAUGCCUUGGAUUUAAAAAUAAUUCCACCAGCAGUCCUACGGGACUGGGAAACCCACCUUGCCAGCCACAAAAAACCCUUUCAGGACGACGGCCCGUCUCGGUCUGCUGUUGCGCAACUGCAAGACUUUGAUCUAGCCGAUGAAGGUGGCGUGCUGCAACCUGUAUUGACCAAUGCAAGCUUGUCUGACGAUACACCAGCACGACCUGUUCUCCUCGAAAAUCCAACGCCAGACUCUCUCACAACGUUGGUCGGCCAAGAUAUCCCACUGAAUACGAAGCAAGUCCUUGUGGUGCGAAAGUUACUAACUGAAAUUAUGAUGUGGGCGGACCGUCCAUAUGACUCAUCACGGCGCAAGCAACUCCUUCUCUGCAUUACAGGCGAAGGUGGCACGGGUAAAACUCAGAUACCUAGAGCCAUCGAAGCCGCUCUGGGUAUUCUUGGUCGGAAACAAGAGAUCAUCCUCACCGCCCCCACAGGUGCCGCAGCAGACAAUUUAGGAGGCAACACCUAUCAUACUUCUCUUGGCAUCAAUCUUUCCUACAAAGCAGCCGUCAGCACUCGCGUUAGAGGACUAUGGGCACAAAAGACUAUUUUGGUGAUUGACGAAAUGAGCAUGGUAGAUUUGAAAAUGUUAAGCGUGAUCAACAACCAAUGCAAAGUCGCUCGGUCACUGCCUAGAUCCUCUCCCGAGCUCUUUGGUGGCCUUCCCAUUGUCAUUCUUAUGGGUGAUUUCUUCCAGUUCCCUCCCGUUCACGGUCCCCCAUUAUGGAAAAAACCAAGAUAUGGCAAUGAUGACGAUGCCGCAGGUCGGCUGAUUUGGCGUCGAUUCGAAAACGUUAUCAUUCUCAAUGAGCAGAUGAGACAAUCCGAAGAUCCUUCAUUCCGUGAUUUCUUGACGCGCACAAGACAUGCAGCAUUAACCGAAGACGAUGUCAUCCACCUGCAUUCCAAAUCCAUUUUCUCACUUACAGAUUCCAUCUCAGAAAAUGCCGUUGUAAUAGCCAAAUUGAAUGCCAUCCGACAUCCAAUCAACCGAAUCCGUAUGGAGAGUUUUGCUCGGAGAAGGUCACAGAGAAUUUAUAUUUUCGCCGCUAUUCAUUCCCGGACCAAAUCAACUGGCCCCACGAACCUUCGACUCCAAGCUCAUGACUUACUCCUCCAGCCAGAUCACAGUGCCCAGAUCCCAUUCCCAGGCCUUCUCACUUACACCAGAGAUAUGCCUACCGUAAUGAUCACCAACGCCUGCACCCCUCUCGGUCAGGUCAACGGUGCCAAGGGUACCGCAGUAGGCGUUGCUUUAGAUCCAGCUGGAAAGUCUCCAGUCGGCAUUCCAAAACUUAACUAA